AUGGAGUUGGAAAAGAAGAGCAAUGUUAAAAGCAAACCAAGAUGCUUCAAUCAGACCUCCCAGCUGUUUUCUUCCUCCAAGGAAGCCGAACACAUGCUUGUCAGAGAUAUUGCAGCAGAAGCUAACCACUUUGGCUUUGGCCAGGCAAGUUCUGCCAAUGUUUCAGAAUUAAACUCGUCAGAAGAAAACUUACCUUAUUUAAGUUCAUCAUUAGAUGCAGAUAUUGAAAUGUAUAAUAAAAAGAGAAUGAGAAUUUGCUAUGCACAGGCAGGUGAAAGCAAAGAAUCUGGUAUGUUGGAAAGGACAGGUGAUGAUAUGCACUGUGAUUGCAGAGUGUGUGACGCUUGCAGGCAAAGCUGUUUAGGUGAAGAUUCACAGCUGGAGUAUCUCAGUGCUCAUGAGCAAGAUUUUUAUGAUAAGAAUAGCUCAAGUGAGUUUUCUGAGCAAAGGGAAACUACAGGAAUUGAAACCUUAAAGCUGAUAGAUCCCUUUCAGGAAGUUCCAAAGGGUGGAGUCACACAGGAACACAAUCUCAUUGAAGUGUCAGAAGAUUGCUCUGCUUCUGAGUAUGGUGCAGGUGACCAGACCUGCCCCGAAGCAGCAAUGCCAGAGCUUGCUGAGCAGCUUCAGGACUCUCUGUCUCUGCCAGAUUGCAAUGACGUGAUUUGCGAGCAUCAGGAAGAGCAGACAGAGUAUCAUAGUGUUGUUUCUGAAAGUCUGCUGGAAAGUCGUUCUUGUAGGAGAAAAGUAAGUGUCUGUCCAAGUCUGCUUGUAUGUGACAGUGUAGAAAAUGGAGAAGUCAAAGACAUCCCACUGAGUGGUGAAGAGAAUGGCAGACACAGUUGUCAUCUCAGUGAAGCAAGGUGGUCCUUUACUGUCCCCAGUGAAGAGAGCCCCUGCAGAGCCAUGCAGCUGUAUGAAUGUGCAGGGCACUCUGACUUCUACAGCUGUGAAGACCUGGGGGUGUGUGCGCAUGGGGACGGCUGUGUUGGCUGCAUUUCAAAGGCUGUUGAAACCCAAUUUCCAGUUGCUGAAAUUCUCACCAGCAAGAAUCCCUUUUUUGGGGUGGAAGUUGCAGAUAAAUCCUGCCACGGAAAUACCAGCUGUCUGAGCUCAGGGUUGGAGUGUCGUGAAACCUUGAAACACGUUUACAGUGACUUUGCAGUUAACCAGGCUGUUGAUGCCAGCUCUGAUUUUAGAGCUUGCUUUACAACAAGCAGAAGUACCAGUGCUCAGGUUUGUCUCUCAUCCAGGGCUGUUAAUACAGAGAUAACAAUGAUGAACAAAUCUCGGCCCAUGGGUUGUCACUAUGACACCCAUACAGACAUUGCUUGUAAUACAGAGUGGUCAUGUGGAGCCAGUGGUACAGAGAAAACGUGGUCACAGCUUACUGAUGUGCUGGAAGAACACCCAGAAGGCAAUGCUGCACCAGCUGAAAGAAGGUCACAAAUUCAGGAACAUGAGUUUUGUAGCAGCAGUGUAAAGAGAAAUACUGACAGGCUGAUAGAUCUUGACAAACAGGCUGCGAAGAAUUCUGUAUCAAGCCACUGUCAAAAGUUACUACAGAGAGCAAUUGAAGCAGAAUUGCAGAUUCUAAAGACUCAUUAUUACAUGUGCUGUCAGCACUGCUGGAGGAUUUACAAACUGGCUUUGGAGGAAAAAAUCUGUUUUGGCAGAUGUAUUCAAAAUACUGAAUUAUAUUCAUCUGUCGCAUUGGUUUUGGAAGAACUGAAAAAGAAAUACAACAGUAUGAGAAUGCAUAUAAACAGAGGUGUGCCAUUAAAUGCUCUUCCACCACUAUCAGUUGAGAUUAAGUUAUCCCAAAUCUCUUCUUCUUAUGUCCCCUGCAAGUUGCUCAGACAUAAUCUUUGCUAUAAGCAAGCAUACGAGACUGCAUGUUCAAGAACAACGUACAAUUUUGUUUCGGGCAUAAAUGAAGCUGGCUUGAAGGCAUCAAAACCACAAGAAAGAAAUAUUAAUCUCAACAAGGACAAUCCACAGACAGUACGUUUCACUGAUGACCAUCAGCCACAUGACUCUGCUUCCUCUAAGACAUUUGAAGAACAGCAUAAGGAUCAGGAUGUGAAAUGUGGUAAGUGAUCUGCCUCUAGCAUCGAAAGGGAUGAUUAUUGGUUUGAAGCUAAGGAGGAUUUGACAGCAGCAGAUAGUUCAGUGAUAUCUGAAAAAACAAAAAAGCAAGAAGAAAACCAAGACACAGCUGAUGUAAGAGAUAUGAAGACAAAGGAGAGUGGAAAUGAAGACUUCAUUCCAGUUGGUGGUCCAAGUUCCUUGGUGUCAGAGGGUGAUGUAAGACCAAAUUUCCAGAAGUAUCAAAUUUCAGACACUCUUACUUCUGUGACUUCUAGUAACUACAGGUACAUUAAUAGAAAUAUGCAAUUCUUUCCUGACACUAAUAAAGCAAAGUUAGCUGUAGAGGAAAUGACAAAAAAAAUAAAAGGAAAACUAGUAAAUCUUGAACUUGAAAAUACUUCAUUAGAGAAUAAGCAUUUGGUUUCUCAAGUACCUACAAAUAAGCUCCUGCAUGAAAUCCUACCUGUUUAUAGAAGUCAAAGAAAUGGUCAAGAUAAAACACUCACUUCAGCCUCCAGUUCUGCGAAAGCACUGAAUGCCACCUCUGCUUCUGAGAAAAUGCAUCUCCUUCCUGUGACAACUUCAGACACUUCUUGUUCUACACAAGUACCUUCAGAAAUAAAGUGCCCUGGUCUGAAAUCAUCUGCUGAAGAUUCAGUACAUUAUUUGCUUGGAGAUAAUCAAAAGGAUACUGGAGAAAACCUCCUGCAGAAAACAUCUCCUUUCUCCUCUAAUUCACAUGAUGCCUUUGUUUCACCCAAUAAACUGAACUUGAGCAGCUUUGCCAAGUUAAUGAAGAAACUUAAAGAAAUGCAUCCAGAGGCUAGCAGAGACAAAAUUGUGGAUGCUCUGCUAGAGGUGAGGGAAAAGAACAAGGGUGUCCUGAGUGGAUUGUCCAUCAGUUCUAUUGUGGAAAGAACCUCUGUAGUUCUGAAAAAAUCAACCCCCAGUUGUGGGUGA